ACCCAUGUGAGAGACACAUCCUGCAAAAAUCAUUCUACCCUGCAGAGAGAAAGGCUAUGGAGCGCUGAACAUUUUCACUUGUAAUACCCCUUCCCCCAAAGGCCCCGUAUUUGUUGUGAUCAGAUUUCUGUAACAUUUUUUGGUGGCUAUCGGGCGGUGGAACAAUGUGGAUUCAGAUUCGGACCAUAGACGGAAAGGAGACACGAACCAUUGAGGAUCUUUCCAGGCUGACCAAAAUUGAGUAUCUGAGGCUGAAAAUCAAGGAUAUCUUCAAUGUAAACCCCCAACAACAACGGUUAUUCUAUCGGGGCAAACAGAUGGAAGAUGGCCACACGCUAUAUGACUACAACGUGGGGCUGAACGAUAUCGUCCAGCUGCUGAUCCGUUCUCAGGCAGGGGACGCUCCCGACAGCCCCCUCGUCCCGCCCAUUGCACCCCCUGUCAACCCUAAGGACUGUGACACCAUGCCCAUGUCCAGUAGUACAGCUCUGCCCCCCACCACCCCCAACACCACGGCUGGUGCAGCUACCACCCCCUCCCUAUCCAAGCCUACCAUAGUGGCCCCCAAACCCAUCCCUGCCCUCACCACAGUCAACAACAACACAACCACCAGUAACAGCAGUACCACCAACACCAGUACCACCAGUACCAAAACCAGUAACACCAGUGAUCCCAAUAACAACAGGGCCAAGUCUUCUAGUCCACCAGCACCGCUGGAGAAGCUCGACAACCAGCCAUCAACCUCUACACGUCCCUUCCUCAUAGACGCCGGCAUUGGGGUGUUCAAGAUAAAUGAGUUGGUGGACUGCAGAGACAUAAGCAUCGGUGCCUGGUUUGAAGCCUGCAUCGACAACGUGACACGAACCCCAAAGGGUCAGAACAGCAAAGCUCCUACAGCGGGGAAGGUUGGCAGGCCUAGCAAAAGGACUAAUGGCAAGCUGGAGACAGAGCCGGGCCAAGGCCAAAGCCACCCCUCCUCCUCCACGGACAAUAGUAAUGGAAAUAAUAAUUCUAUGUUAAACUCGGACAAUGGGCCUGGGUCCUCCACCUCUCAAACAGACUCUACUGCCACAGACAAAGAAAAGGAGGAUGUCACGUACCAUAUCAAAUAUGACGAUUACCCUGAGAACGGCGUGGUGGAGAUGUGCGGCGGUAACGUGAGGCCGCGGGCUCGGACUCUGCUCCGGUGGGACCAGCUCAGUGUAGGCCUUGUUGUCAUGGUGAACUACAACAUUGAGAUCCCAGAGGAGAGGGGGUUCUGGUUCGACGCUGAGAUUACUGCGCUCAAUGAGAUCUCCAGAACCAACAAGGAGGUCCGCGUCAAGAUCCUACUGGGCGGGCCAGGGGACGUCAUCCCAGACUGUAAGCUGUUGUUUCUGGAUGAGAUCUAUCAGAUUGAGAAGACUGGAGCACCCUCACUGUCUGCUGCAGAUGGCCAGUUCAAACGGAAGAGCGGGCCCGAGUGUAAGCACUGCAAGGCGGACCCCGACUCUGAGUGCAGGUUCUGCUCGUGCUGUGUGUGCGGAGGGAAGCAGGACGCCCACAUGCAGCUGCUGUGUGACGAAUGUAACAUGGCCUUCCACAUUUACUGCCUCAACCCACCGCUCUCCACUAUACCAGACGACGAGGACUGGUACUGUCCCACCUGUAAGAAUGACACUAGCGAGGUUGUGAAGGCUGGUGAGAAGCUGAAGGCCAGUAAGAAGAAAGCAAAGAUGCCAUCAGCCCAUACAGAGAGUCAGAGGGACUGGGGCAAGGGUAUGGCCUGUGUGGGGCGCACUAAGGAAUGUACCAUCGUCCCCUCCAACCACUACGGGCCCGUACCUGGUGUUCCCGUGGGAACAACAUGGAAGUUCCGCGUUCAGGUGAGUGAAGCGGGAGUGCACAGGCCCCACGUGGGAGGUAUCCAUGGCCGCAGUAACGAUGGCUCCUAUUCGCUGGUGCUGGCCGGAGGCUUCGAGGAUGAAGUGGACAGGGGAGAUGAGUUCACCUACACGGGCAGCGGGGGUCGCGACCUUUCAGGGAACAAACGCAUUGGGGAGCAUUCCUUUGACCAGACCCUAACCCACUAUAACAGGGCCCUGGCGCUGAACUGUGACGCCCCCAUCAACGACAAGGAUGGGGCGGAGUCCAGGAACUGGCGUGAGGGGAAGCCGGUGAGGGUGGUGCGGAGCUCCAAGGGACGACGCAUCAGCAAGUACGCCCCGGAGGAGGGAAACCGCUACGAUGGCAUCUACAAGGUGGUGAAGUACUGGCCGGAGAUAGGGAAGUGUGGUUUCCUGGUGUGGCGGUACCUGUUGCGGAGGGAUGACCUGGAGCCUGCUCCCUGGACACCUGAGGGCCUGGAGCGCAUCCAGAAACUGGGCCUAGCUGUGCAGUAUCCUCCAGGCUACGUGGAGGCCAUGGCCAACAAGACCAAGAAGGAGGCUAACGCUCGACCAGGGUGCACUAGGAGCAAGAAGCAACCUGGACGGGGACGGCCACGGCUACACCCCCUGGAGAAGAAGGUGAAGGAGGACGAGAAGAAGCCCAUGGAGGGUACAGAACAGCCACAGAGCAACGGCAGUCAGAAGACACCCAAGGACAAGGAGACAGAGGUGUGUAAGGAGUCGGCGGAGCCCCGAGCCAAGCGUCUGAAGAUGGAGGAGGCGUUCCAGCUGACAGAGCAGCAGCAGAGCCUCAUCAAGGAGGACCAACCGAACAAGAAGAACUGGGACGAGGCCAUGGGACACCUCAAGGAGGGGCCGAACUUCCUGAGGAAGGUGGAACAGACCUUCAUGUGUGUCUGCUGCCAAGAGCUGGCCUACCAACCGGUCACCACUGUCUGCGCUCACAACGUCUGCAAGACCUGUUUGUUGCGGUCUUUCCGAGCGGAAGUGUACACCUGCCCUGCAUGUCGCCACGACCUGGGUAAAGAUUACAUCAUGGUCCUCAACAAGACUCUACAGCUGCUGUUGGACCAGUUCUUUCCUGGCUACAGCAAGGGCCGAUGAGGCCACACACACACACACACACACACACACACACACACACACACACACACACACACACACACACACACUACAUGUACACGGCGACACACACAUACACACACAUAGAUACACACAUUUGCACUUACACAAGUAGUUACACAAAUCACAUACCGAUGAUGCACACAUACAAAACCUACGUAUAGACAUACAUUGGUACACACAUACAUGCCACCUGUUGAACUUGGACUGUCCCCAUUAACUUCACCAGCCUGAAAUCAUCCAUGCCUCAGAAGACCUCUCCUGAGCACCACCCACCCCUAACCCUGCCAUGGAUUCCCUUCCUGGGUACCACCACCCCUUAACCCCCCAAAGGGUUCCCUUCUUCCCAAGCCUUCCACGUCCCCAGUCCGCAGAACUUAGCAGUUCAUCACCUGUCCAUGUGAGGAACAGCCAGCGAGGAUGCUAAUGCUAACCAUAGCCAUGUAGAGAAUAUAUGGCUCUAACGCUACGUAGCCUCCAGGGGGAAGGUGCCUGAAGUCAGCACCUAUAGGGGUCAUGGGUUUGGGGUCACAACCUAGGGAAGCGGGGUGAUGGGAAAUGUAGUGUACAAUGUUAGUUUUUUUCUUUGUUACUGGUCCAUUUGAAUUUCAGCCUGUUCCUCCCUUCUUCUCUCUGAUCUCCGUUCCUUUUUUGUUUGUUUUCGUGGUGAUGUCCUUUUCAUUCAAAGAAUUCAGGAUUUUUUAAAGACAUGCAAAUGCAAAAUGUUUUAAAUUAUGCUAUGGUCUCUAAAGCAGCAAACUGUGAUGUGCAUUCCUUCCUACUGCUCAAGGCGCAAAUAUACAGAACAGAAAAUAAUUUUCUCUCUUCUGUAUCGACUCGCAAGCUAAUAGUUUCCUUCUCCUCUGUGAGCUUUGCUUCGUCCCCACCGUCCCUAGGGUUGCAAGAUUCCGGUAACUGCCCAACAUUCCAGAAAUCCCGGUUGAAAGAUUCAUGGAAUCAGGAGGGAGAAAGCAGGAAAUCCAGGAAUCCUUCAACUGGGAUUUUUGGAAAACCUGUGAGAAUUUUGGGAAUAUUUGCAAUCUUACCUGCCCCCAGUCGUGUACUCUACCUACCACUGCCGUGGACUACAGUAACUGUCUAGACGUCAGGUGGACGCUUCGCUUCAGCUUUAAUGUUGUGUUCUGUUUUCUUUUGCACUUAUAUUGAAGAAAAAGAGAUGUUGAAAAUAAAAAAAGUAAUGUCUAUAAUUUCCUAUAAUGCUACUACAACAUAUGGCAUUUUUCUAUAAUUUUAGUUGCCUAUUCUAUUUUAGUCAUUAGUUAUUAUUUUAUGUGGCAACCUCUACCUGCUGCUGUCAGCCUGAUUGAAGAGUUUCAUUGCUUCACAUUGUGAUCUGAAAUUUUAUACAUGGUAUAAUAAUACUUGAUAUGCACCUAUUAAAUAUUUUGAUUCCAGAAAAAACUA